UUUUUUAUUUUUAUUUGGCUGCAAUCAAAACAAAAAAAAGUAUUCUAUUCGUUCCGAGGGAUUCCUUUUGCUAAGCCACCAAUCAACGAUCUUCGAUUCAAAGCACCUGAAAAGAAUAAUCGAUGGACUGAAACAAUUGAUGCGUUCGAUUUUGGGAAUGAUUGUAUUCAAAAGAAUUCACCAACAUUCGACCCCGUAGCUAUAGGUUCAGAAGACUGCUUAUACAUUAAUGUAUACUUUCCCGGCGAUUGCAAAAGCAUCAAUUCAAAGACAAAACUACCAGUCAUGAUCAGUAUUUAUGGCGGAGGAUUUAUUGUUGGUUCAUCAAGGUUCUAUGGCCCUGACUUCUUGAUCGAAACAAAUGUUAUAGUCGUAACUUUCAACUAUCGGCUUGUCAUUUUCGGCUCAUUAUCCUUGGACUUGCCUGAAUAUUCAGGGAAUAUGGGUAUGAAAGAUCAGAGACUUGCAUUAAGAUGGGUUUAUGAGAAUACUGAACACUUUGGCGGAGAUAAAAAUAAAAUCACUCUUGCUGGACAUAGUGCCGGAGCGAUGUCCGUCGGCUUGCACGUGAUUAAUUCGCAGUCCAAUUUUUUUGAUUCCAAAAAGCGAUUUUGAUGAGCGGGUCAGCGCUCAAUCCAGUUA